GUGCUCAUGCUGGCCGCGGGGGUCGGAGGUCAGAGCGAGCGUCUCGCGGGCCGUAGGAGAAAGAUGGCGGUAGAGUCGCGCGUUACCCAAGAGGAGAUUAAGAAGGAACCCGAGAAGCCAAUCGACCGGGAGAAGACAUGCCCACUGCUGCUGCGGGUCUUCACCACCAAUAACGGCCGCCACCACCGGAUGGAUGAGUUCUCCCGCGGAAACGUGCCCUCCAGCGAGCUGCAGAUCUACACUUGGAUGGAUGCAACCUUGAAAGAACUGACUAGUUUAGUAAAAGAAGUUUACCCAGAAGCCAGAAAGAAGGGCACACACUUCAAUUUUGCAAUUGUUUUUACUGAUCUUAAAAGACCUGGCUAUCGAGUAAAGGAGAUUGGCAGCACCAUGUCUGGCAGAAAGGGGACUGAUGAUUCCAUGACCCUGCAGUCGCAGAAGUUCCAAAUAGGAGAUUAUUUGGACAUAGCGAUCACCCCUCCAAAUCGGGCACCACCUCCUUCUGGGCGCAUGAGACCAUAUUAAAGUUUUAUUUAGUAUUUCUUGAAUGUAUUUUUCAGUCAGUUAUGUAAAAUAAAAUGACACAUUCUUUUCCUCCCCUGAUUAUUGCCAUUAAGCCUUUAAACUGUUAAGCACAUUGUAAUACAUCUAUUUAGGUUCAAUUUAACUGUGCUAUGGUGUGAAUAUUAAUAGAAGGUCCAUAUUGUUUCACGCCCUUCUGUAAAAUAUGAAGAAAAGUGCUCUUAGCUUUCUGUGUAAAACUGUAUUGUUAAAUAUAUGUGUUUAAUAAGCCUGAGUCUGAAAGUUAAUGGAGAAAUGGGAAUAGGGUUUAAUCUAGUGAAUAUUUGGGGUUUUAUGCUAAGUGGUGGGAGGAUGUGUUUAAGCCCCAAAGGGGCACAAGAAAGCCAUGGGACUGUAUAAAACUAAGGGCUAGUUUGUGGUAUAAACUAUUAUAGGCAGUUAGGAAAAGGACCAGUGUGUGUGAACAAGGUAUAGCAUUUAAAGGCAACAGACAUUUCAGGAUAGUGUGAGCUUUGGCAAGUUGGAAAAGCUGUUGUGAGGAGAUUGGCCUGCCUUAGAUCUCAGGGUAAGGACAGGUGUCAUGGGGGCUUUGUACAUUUUAAAAUGGGAAAAUAAGGCAUUUUGAAGGUAGGAAUCAACAUAAAGGAAACCAGGGUGAGAAUUUAGGGUAAGGGUUGAAAGGUUUACCUUGAAGAUCUGAAAAUGGAGGCAGGGAUGAAAGAAUAAUUUUUAAUUAACACCAAGUGAGAAGAGCCACAGAUGUGGCUAGGUUGAGUAAGAAGGGGAUAUUUAAAACAUUCUGCUAUGUGCUGGGACCUGGUGUGUAUUUAAAUUUGAGAUUGCAUAAACUGUCCCAUUUGAGAGGCAGUAUAGCAUAGUGGUUAAUACCACUGAGUGGGGCUAAAAUUUAAAUCCUUAGUAUACCACUAGCUCUGCAAAGUUAGACAAGUUACUUGAAUCAGUUCUUUAAAAAUUUUUUUUUUAUAAUUUGUAAAAUAGAAACAAUAUCCCAUAGGGUUGUGAAGAUUAAAUAAUUGUAAAGGGCUUAGGAUAGUGCUCAACAUGCAAGAAACAAUAUUAGCUACUAGUUGUAAGUUGGAGUUCAGUAAAAACUGGAACUGUAUCUUCCAUGGCACUAUUACAUCCUGUUUAUUAUAGAGUAUGGCUGUAUGUACUAGGUGGAAGCUAAUAGUAAUUCCUCAGAGUAGCCUAAUACUUUAGUCUAUUAAAAAUACAAAAUUGAAAAUGUUACAAAAGGAAAAAAAUACAUAGUAGCAGUGAUAUUCCAAGUAUAAAAUUGCAUUAGUUUUAUUUUGUACAUACAGAAGCAGCCAUUUAAAAUCGGAUGAUUUUGUUGAAUUGGUAUCUGUUGCAAAGGAAGUUAACAAGUGGCAGAGACAAGCUGGACUCUUCUCUUCUACCCUCUAGUUUACCCCAAGCCCCUAGAUUAUUUAUUCAUUCAUGUAAGAUAAAAUUGAAUUCUGUGCCAUAAAAUUAAUUUGAACCUAAUAUUUUGAAGAAGAGUCAUGAUUACCUUCAUAUUUGUAGAAAAAAAUGGAAUGUCCUGUACAGAUCAGUUGAAGAUUAGAACUAAAUAAAAGACCUUGAUAAGCCAAUUUCUCAUAUGUUGUAAACUCUUUAACACAAGGGUUUGGUAAUUCCAUAUCAUCCUCCCACCAGUUUAGAAUAAAGUAGUUUGGCUGAUUUAUUGAAUUCCGUCCUUUGCAUCGUUCCAACAUGGAGUUUUCUUUUAAAGAUUUCAAUCUACCACCAAAGUAGUAAUAAAAUACCUAAUGAGUUUUUUGCAUAUAA